AGGUAAUGUUGAUGACGUUGAUGGCUGACUGAGUUGAAGUGAUUGUGAUGUAUGUUCCUGAAACAGAAAAUGACUGGUUACAAAUAGCUAAAGACUUUGAAAUAAAAUGGCAAUUUAAUCAUUGCUUGGGUGCUAUUGACGGCAAACAUGUUAUUAUCGAGAAGCCGCCAAAAUCGGGUACACUGUACUAUAAUUAUAAGGGAACUUUUAGCAUAGUCCUGCUUGGUAUUGUGAAUGCAAAUUACGAGUUUAUUUAUGUAAAUAUAGGUUCUAAUGGCAGUAUUUCUGAUGGUGGAGUAUUCAAACAUACAACUUUUCAUGAAAAAAUGAAAUCGAACCAACUAAAUUUACCAUCACCUUCUAUUUUACCGCAAUCAAAUGUUAUCGCCCCAUAUUGUUUUGUGGCAGAUAAUGCAUUUGCCAUUAAUGAAAAUCUUUUAAAACCAUAUCCAAGAAGAAAUUUGACACAUGAUCAAAGAAUUUUCAAUUAUAGACUCUCCAGAGCAAGAAGAAUUGUAGAAAAUGCAUUUGGUAUUUUAGCUGAACGUUUUAGAGUAUUAAAAAGACCAAUUCAAAUUAAUGUUCAUAAUGUACCCAAAGUUGUAAUGGCUUCAUGCACACUGCACAAUUAUUUAAGAAAAAAGUCAUCAAACUAUAUAACAAGAAAUUGUGUUGAUACCGAGGAUACUGAAACAUGUACUUUUCGGCCAGGAGACUGGAGAUUAAAUGACAACUUAGUAGGCCUUAACAGAACAGAAAGGCAACGUACUGCAGAUGGUAAUUCUGUUAGACAAAUAUUCACUGAAUAUUUUAACAAUCAGGGCCGGGUACAUUUUCAAGAAAGAAUGAUUAAUACUAUGAAUAUUUAAAGCUUACCUCAUCAUUAUGUGACUGGGAAGAAUCCGUCUCCAUAUUAUCAAUAACCUCUGUCGUCGGCGUGAUUUUUUCAUCCAAGAAUAAGAGGUGUUCAUAGUACCAUAGUGAUGGCGUAUGCACCUCAUCGUUUCCAGCGCCACUAGUCUUGCUAGCUUCCACCUAAAAUAUGUAAAAUAUCCAAAUUUAUUGUUUACUGAAACCCAUAGUUGUUUUAUUUCUUCAAUAAAGUACUUAGAAUAUAUUA